CACAUACACGUCAACACACGGUCUUAGAUCACAUCCCCGUCUUAAGUCAUUUCCUGUCGUUAAUCCCAAAAAUAUGAUUUGAAUCUGAUCAGACUUUGAGUCUAAAAAACACCGAGUCAAAGAAAUCAAAGAAAAAAAACCUCAUUUUUUCGUCGUCGAUUUAUUUUUGUUUAUCGUUGAUAUCCGUGAUCACCCGGAACUAUUAAAGUGCAUAGGGGUUUCCGAACGGACAGUUAAUAUCGGUGCACCAAUUCUCCGAGCUAGGUCCUGGAUAUUAUUUUUGAUAUACUUUACUGCUUAAUGUAUUCGAGCCGCGGUUGAAUUAUCUACGAAUAUCGUUUGUUUUUGCAUGUAUGACUGUACAUUAAGCUUAUUUGGAUUAAACCUGCAUACCGAAGGAGACCAGAAGAAGACGCGGGUGAAAGACAAACUGUUUGUAAAGACAGACAUUUGGCCGACAGGUUAAACUCACCCGGUUAGAAACAAACUGUUUACAGUGACACACACUUCAGAUUGUUUCGUUAAGAUGCAGAUGAGAGGUAAUUCGGCUCCGUUUCACUGGCAGCGCAGCGACAACUCCUUUUCCUUUACCUUUUCCCCAGUGAUCUCUCCCUCACCGCCCCAAAGCAUCAUGGACCCGGACGAGUCCCAAACCGGACACGCUGCGGACUCAGAAUCCAGUUCAGGUUUCGCUUUCAACUUCCGGAUCCCUGCUGAAUCGGAGCAGAAGAGUGACCCGGAACCCUGCACAGGGAAAACAGUGAUGAGUGAAACGGCCCAAGGCUCGGAGUCCUCUACAUCCAAGAAGAAGAAGAAGAAGAAGAAGAAACCAGGAGCAGCUGUAGAGGAGAAUGUAAAUAAAACGAGGGAGGAAGCACCCAAGCAGGAGAGCACUGAACUGACUCCAGAGCAGCAGCUGAGUAGAGAACUGGACUGGUGUAUUGAGCAACUGGAGUUGGGACUGAGGACUCAAAAAUCCUCCACUAAACAAAGAGAGGAAGCCUCUCGUGCUCUAAAGACUCUGCGCAGUUCCAAAGCACCGAUGGUGAAGAAGAGGCAAGUGAUGAGAGCCGUGUCUGGAGAUUACCGCAAAAAGAUGGAGCAGGACAGAGAGAGACAAUACAAACUGAUCAGCUCAGCGAUGUCCUCAGCGAAGGUGACAUGCGUGUCAGAGCCUGGAUGUAGAGCAGUGUAUCACCGGCGCGCUGAGACUCACAGACCUCCAGCACACAACACAGACGCUUCACCUCUGACUGAGCAGACACACGGCACCGGGGACAGAUUUGUGUUCAGACCUUCAGGAGAGGAGUUUCGCUUUAACUUCAGUCUCUGAUCGUCCUCACUGAGGGGAAAACAGUGUUUCUCUGUGAAUGUGUUUUUAUUUUUAACAUCAUUAUGACGUUGUUUAAUAAACAUUAGAAAUCCUG